AAUUUAGAUGAGGACUUCACCAUCAUCUGUUUGAUUCCUGGAUCCAUCAGUCCUGACACCACCUGUAACCUGUAUGUUGGAGAGGAGAGUCAGCCAUCCUUCACAGCACCGAUCAAGAUGAGAAAAGCCACCUCAUUAUCCGGACAGCAGUUCUGUCAAUUCACUCCAAAACAUAGUGAUCUGAUCAGUCGUCUCCUGUCAGUGAGGCGUAAGGAGGUGAGCUGUGGCUACAGAUUGAGCUCAGGACCAAACUCUCUCUCUCCACGCAGUGAUGGGCACAGCUUUACAGUGGGUUUGACUCCAGGUUCUCGAUCUACUUUGCCGCCCAGCACGACAGUGAGUCCUACAGAAGACACCACAGUGACACCAACUACCAGUUUGACCUCUCCUUUGACCCCCAGCACGGCAGUGAAUCCUACAUCAGGAGGUCAAAGCUCCACAGAAAGCGUUCUGGUUUCGACUGUUACUUCUACUUUGACCCCUGACAUCACAAUGAGACCAACUAGUUUGACCUCUCCUUUGGCCCCCAGCACAGCAGUGAAUCCUACAUCAGGUGUGCUGGUCAUCUUUAGUUAG